AUGAAUCUAAUAUUCCGCUCCUUGUCGUUUUCACCCCGCCGGCUCAAGGUAGUAAAAUUGACAAAUUUCGGUGAAUUGAUAGAGAAGGACCGCUAUACCGCGGUGGUUAAAUAUCCAUGUGAGGGGAAAGAUCAACAGACGACGGCCCUCCCCGUACACAUUGACGAAGAAAGUUUUACAAUGUGCACGAUGGAAUACAUAUUCGGCUUCCAAAACCCUCGCAUCGAAAUCAACUUACGGACUCUAGAGGAACUAGAAAUCGAAAGAUUUCCUAGAGAAGAGGGUGAUUACGACUAUUCCGGUCGAUGCAGAUCAAUCGGCCAUGUUCUAAUGGAGAUGCCGCAACUGAGGAAGCUGAGGCUCCGGCAUCUCAGAUACUCAAUCUCAAGUUACGAUGACCCAGAUGUGUCAGACAUGCUGCCCUCACAUCAUUUUCCCCCUUUGACUCACUUCGAAAUUGGUGAACAAGAAGAUCGCACAGGGAGGAUUCUCGACUUCAUCACCAUGAACAACAGCACACUCGAAGUCGUCAGACUUGUGAAGAUUCGAUUUCUGAAACUUAAUGGCGGAUUUCGGAUCAAAACACUUGACGCUAUCCGACGAUCCUGCAAAUUCGGAUCACUACAGAGCUUCCAAGUCGUCGAAUGCUCGAUUACUGAUUGCCCCGAAACAAGCAGUUCGAGGGAGAUUGCUCCAUGGCUGCUACACAAAGUAUCGCAAAAUCCUGUCGAUGAUGAGGAUAAUAGUCUUUGGUCAAUGGUGAUGAGGGGAUAUUCAUAG